AUGCUGAGAGAUUUUCCAAAGAAAAGAAAGAUCUUUAACAUAGCAGAGAUGAAGGAGAUAGAGGAGACACAUGCGAAAGGAGAUGAGCCCUGUUCUGAGUCAAAUGCCUCUCCUUCAGUACAUCCUCAACCAUACAGUCCACGUGUCAUUCUUCAACCUAUUUCCGAAAGUGACCACACACCGUCCAACUAUCUAAAGAAUGGAUCUGUGCAAGAAAACAUAGGAGGCUUUAGGAAUUCCAGUGCCAGGGCUUUAUAUGAAAGGCUUUUUAGCUCAACAUCCAUCCAGAGAAAGAAAAAGUUGGAAACUGCAGUCUUUCCUUCUGAAAAGUCUGAAGAGGAGCUUCUGGAAUUUAGAUACGAGUUUCUGUCCUCAUCGCAAAAGAUUGAACUCAGCAGGUUCUGUUGGAAUGCAUUUAGAAAAAGAUCUACCAAUACUCUUUUUGCUUGGAUGAACUGUUUCUGGAAGAAAAGUAGUAUAGGACGCUGUAGGCUGAUCAACCCUAUGGUCUUCGAUGUUAUCGAGUCACUAAAGAGAAGGGCAGUAUGCACCAAAUUCAUCUUCCGUUACGAGCCAGACAAGUCAGAAGCAUCAAGAAUAGCAAACAUGGUGCACGAAGAUAAAUGUGUAGACAUCGAAGGCACAAAUGUUUUGGUAUUGGCCAAUGCCCUCAAGAAUUACAUAAGAGAGCACCUGGACGGCCUAAUUCCCAUAGAAGUUUUUGAGAAGAUUAAGUCUUGUAUCAUCUCAAAUGAUAGGCAUAGAAAAGAAGCGCUAUUUUCCUACAUGCCGUUUAUAUUUACUGAUGCAGAAAGACGUCUACUUGUCUCACUUUUUGAGUUGCUAAGGAUAAUUGAUGAAAACUCAGAUGUGACAGAAAUGACCAUUGACUCACUUCUAGGAUUAUUUAGUCUAGUGCUGCAUCCCCAAGCUGCAUUUACAACGCUCCAUGACCUAGAUCAUGCCAAGACCAUCACAAGGGAGAUGUAUAGAUUGGACUUUGGGGCUAUACCACAGGGCGUUGUUGUUCACGAGCUUGUUUUUGUGUAA